AUGGGUCUCAAGCUCCUGCGGCUCGCGGCGACGCUCCUCUCCCCGGGGGCCUCCGGCGCGGACGCGCAGAGCGCGGUCCUGCGGGCGACGGCGCACCACCCGUCGACGGCCCCGCCGUACGCGCACCACCUGGACGCGCUCCUCGCCUUCGGCCGCGGCUCGCGCCUCUCCGCCGCGGCGCUCGCGUCCGCGUUCACGGACCGCCUGCGCGCCGCGGCCUCCGGCAGCGGCGACGCCGCCGUGGCCCUCAAGUGCCUCGUCGCGCUCAGGGUCCUGCUCGCCCGCGGCGCCUUCAUCCUCCGCGACCAGCUCCUCGUCGCCCUCCUCCGCCACCCGGCCUCCGGCCGCAACCCGCUCGCGCUCGCCGCCUUCCCGCUGGGGCGCUCCUUCGCCGCGGCCUCCUGGGUCAGGUUCUCCGCGCGCCUGCUCGAGGUCCUCCUCCUCCUGCCGGACGCCUCCUGCGACCCCGAGUACCUCACCGCGCUGCCCAACCCGCACCUCGUCUCCGAGCUCGCCACCUUCGCCUCCGUCGCCGCCGCCGUCCGCCAGGCGCCGCCCCCUUCCUGCGCGCCGCAGGCCCACGCCCUCAUCUGGGAGGCCAUCCGGCUCGCCGAGGAGGACCGCGUCACCGCGGAGCGCAACAUCGCCGCGAGGGUCCGGGAGAUGAGCGAGCGCAUCGACACGCUCGGCCUGGCCGACGCGAUGGAGCUGGUGUGCGUGCUCAAGCGGGUGGAGGAGAGCGCCGCGUCCCCGCCGGAGUGGAAGUGGGCGGGGCUGGACGAGGCCGUCGUGGCCGACGCGCGGCGGCUGCGCGAGCGCGCCGAGGAGGUGCUGCUGCGGAGGACGGAGCAGGAUAGGCGGCUGCUGCGGAGGGACCCGGCGGGGAGCGCGUCCGCGCGCGUCCUCACGCCGGGCCGCGCUGGCGACGGCAACGCCGUCCGGUUCGGCUCCUCGCGGUGGGCAGGCACAGUUUCUUCCUGGCGGUAGGAAAUGCCGACAUCGGCAUGGGCAAUGCCUAUGCUUGCUCCACUGUCUGCAAAUUUCAAACAUUUGUUUGUUGUAGAAAGAUAGGAAACAUGUGUAAAACUCCGAGAAAUCUGAACGUUUGUUUGUUGAAGAAACUGAACGGAAUGACCCAGGCUGCUUUUUUGACCGUUU